GAAAAUGCUUAGUCAUAAACACUAGCGCGGCUUUGAAUCCGAGCUUCCUGCGAAUUCAACAUCGAACCACUUCCUCGAAUACCCCAAACAAACCGCAGUAACGCCUCGAAUACAGACACAAUGGCUGGCUACAAACUCCGCGAGAACCGCGUUCCUUACUACCAGGCGCUCUUCCAAGAAGGUGCUAAGAAGCACAUUCGUCAAUGGAACCAAACUUCUCGCAGCAAGAUCAUGCUCUACCCAUACUACGUCGCUCUUUGGGGAGGUUUCGCCGGAUCUAUGUACAUGAUGUCGAGAAUGGUUUUGGGACACAAGACUUGGUUCGGAAAGGGAUAGAGGUUGCGAGUGAAACGAUAGAGUAUGUGGAUGCUUGGGAUCUCGAGGAGCGUGGCGGUGUACAUUGAAGUCAAAGGAUAGAUCAAUUUCAUUAUACCUCGAAUAUUUGGCGACAAACCCCAUGGAAAUGCAACACCUUACUGGCCUCAAUGAUAUAUGUACCUACUCAGUUCCACGUCAGAAGAAUCAUUGUGCAAGAAGUCAUUUCACAUUUUAAGAUUUUUGUGAAGUUUCCUCUUCAAUUUU